GUUGCUAUGACACUCACGUUUGUUUUUAUUCUCCUCGGCCAUGUUUUCAAGCAUCUACUUUACCGAUCAAUUAUUUUUCUUAAAUAUCGCUCUUAUCUAACAUUAUUUAAGCUUGGAUGAAUAGUUUCUAGUUUGAACAAUGAGCUCCGUUUUGCCGACUCAGAAAGAGUCUUUAAACGGCACCUACACCUUCUCAAGUCGCCCGAGACCAGCCCAGAACCGCUCGAAAUACAGAGAAAACCCAGCAGAGACCAAUGAAAGACACACAAAUUAUGGAAACAUCAUGUAUGACCGUCGUGUGGUCAGAGGAAACACGUAUGCACAACAGAUUAUACCAAUUCCUGCCCCUGCAGAUCGCGCUGAGAUACAGCAACGGGAGGCCCACAAGAGAGCCAUGGCUCGUAAACGUGCCAGAGCGCAGCUGAGAUCCAAGACCCCGGACGCCAUCGCAGGCAGAAGCCACGUUGAUGUACAAACGGAACUUUAUCUGGAGGAACUGAGCGAUCACAUAGAGGCCACCAACGUGGACUGUCAGACAGACGCAUUCCUUGACAAGCCACCAACACCGCUCUUUGUACCUGCAAAGACGGGCAAAGAUGUAGCCACGCAGAUCAAGGAUGGAGAGCUGUUUGACUUUGACGUGGAGGUGAGGCCAGUGUUGGAGGUGCUGGUGGGGAAGACCAUUGAGCAGUCCCUGCUGGAGGUGAUGGAGGAGGAGGAGAUGGCGAGCCUGCGGGCGCAGCAGCGGUCCUUCCAGGAGCUCCGCGACGCCGAGCUGGCCGAGGUGCAGCGGCUGGAGGAGCAGGAGCGCCGCCGCCGCGAGGAGAAGGGGCGUAGGAUUGCUCAGCAGCGCGAGGUGCUGGAGAAAGAAAGGGAAACGGCGGAGAAGGUUGCGGCAUGGGCGUUCACCCAGCACUACCUGGCUGACCUCCUGGCAUCCGUGUACACCGCGUUGGGGGACCACGGCUACUUCUACGACCCUGUGGAGAAAGAUAUUGAGACCAGUUUUUUCCCGUGGUUGAUGGAUGAAGUGAGCCACAACCUGGAAAAGAGUUAUGUAGCAAGAGACCUCCUCGACACGCUCAUCCUUGAAGUUACGCAGAAGAGAGUGGAUGGCUUCCAAGAGCUAGACUCGUGAAGAAUUACAUUUUAACUUGAAGAAUAUAUCUUGAAUAACGUGAUAAACUCGUUUGGCAUCGACAUCAA